UCCUUGAUACUAUAGAUCAUCAUCAACAAGAAAUAUGGUAUGAGGUGUAUUGGACUCCUGCUAUGGAGUAUAAGUUCCUUUCGGCUCUUCUUCCAUAUGUAGAUAGUGGAGCGUGGGAUGGCAACGCGCGUACUCUGUCAGUCGAACUCGCUCGUGAUGUUAUCAACGGCAUUCGUGUAGAAUUUAGUGGAGGACGACCAUACUCGUUCUACAUCCGGAAAAUCACUGCAUUACGAACUAGAUUUUUGUUUUUUUCUCGACUCAUCCAAGAUCCUGAAGUGCAUUGGGAUCCAUUGCAUAACAUCAUGACAAUGAGCGACGAGGUGUAUGCGUCCUAUCUUGAGGUUGAACCUAUAAUUCGCGGAUAUAAGGAGCACGGGGAACCAAUGUUUUUCUUACUUCGAGGAAUCUACUUUGUUGACGAGUGAAGUUUUACUUGUGGCGAACAGUACAUUUUAAAUGUGUGAAAUAUUUGAAGCAGUGUGGUUAUUUAUUUAUUUCGUAAGUAAUUUUAGAAAGCGUUUUAAUUUUUUCCAUUUUUUAAAUGUUUAGUACUCCCUCUUGUUCUAAAUAUAAGUCGUUGGAUUGACCUUUUUAUGUACCAAUAUUGAGCUUUUUUAUUUACCAUUAUUAAUU